AUGCCAGUUGGGUUGCUGAAUCGGGUGCAGAGCCUCGAGGCAAAGCUCGAGGAAGUCACUGACAAGUGUUCCCGGUUAGAGAAGGAAAACAGCAGUUUGCGAGACUGGGUCCAGGAGCUCCAGCAGGGCCUCGCAUCAGCGAAGAAAUCCUUCUCUGCGGUGCAGGAGCUGCAGCAGGAGGUUGCGCAGCUCAGAAAUCAAUCUGACGGCCUCAGCCCGAAGUCCUCAGACUCUGCGGGCUCGUCUCGAAGAGGCGUGUCCUUUCGACCCAGAGAAAGUGUGGUCGAGAUUGAUGGCCGGGGGUCCCUCGGGAACUUCACAAAUGGUGCUGCGCCAGGAGAAAGCCAGGCACCAAGAAAAGUCAAGUCUCGCAAGCCAACGGCGUUCGCUCCAGCGCCGCCGGCCAGUGGGGUGGGCUUCGAAGGCGAAGAAGAUGUUGAGGAGGUGGAGGUCGACCAGACGCCCAAACGAAAGGUCCACGGCCGCCAAGCCACGGCCUUUGCCCCUAAGAGGGCUGCGGAUGUUGACUUCGAUGAUGAUGCAGAAGAGGUGGAUGUGGAGGAGGACACGGGCGGCCCAAAGCGCUCCGUACAUGGGCGCCAGGCCACGGCCUUCGUGCCACGGCGGGCGGCCGCAAGCGUAGAAUUUGAAGACGACGCGGAAGAUGUCGAAGAAGUCGAAGUGGAUAAGACGCCGAAACGAAAGGUGCAUGGACGCCAGCCUACGGCGUUUGUGCCAAAGGCAAAAGCCAGCGCUGGCGUCAACUUCGAGAAUGACGUAGAAGAAGUCGACGGGGAUGACGGCGACGAUGACGACGGUGCACCCAAGAGAAAUGUUCACGGGCGAAAGGCGACAGCUUUCGUGCCAAAAGGCAAGCCCAUGGCUUCAGUGGAAUUCGAAGACGAGGACGACGAUGUUGACGAGGUUGAAGUUGAUCAAACGCCCAAGCGAUCCGUCCAUGGACGCCAAGCCACAGCUUUUGUCAAGAAGGCCAAAGCGUCAACCGGACAGGUUGCCUUCGAGGAUGCUGCGGACGAGGUGGAUGUGGAGGAGGAUGGUGGACCAAAGAGGUCUGCACAUGGGCGGAAAGCCACCGCGUUUGUUCCGAAGUCGAGGGCAUCGCCUGGUGUGAGCUUUCAUGAUGAUGCGGAAGAGGUGGAGCUGGAAGCGGAAGAAGGAGAUGGGCCAAGGCGGUCUGCUCACGGCCGGAAGGCUACAGCCUUCGUGCCCAAAGCAAAGGCGACAGCCGUGAGCUUCGCAGCAGAGCAGGACCACCAGGACGAGCAGGAAGGCGAUGAGCAAGCUCUGAAGCGCUCCCCAAAGAAGAGGCAAGGAACCGCCUUCGUUCCAAAGCUGCCCCUGGCGCAGGACGAUGACGAGGAUUCGUCCCCCAACAAGCGGGAGGUCCGCUUCCGGGGAAACGACAGUGUCAACGAGACACACGAGGAUGCUGAGUCCGGUCAGAUACAUGCGAUGGUACGGAAGCGGGUGCCCACGAAAUUUAUCGACGUGAAGGAAUCAGCUCAGGACGAGGAUGAGGAGGACACUCACGCGCAUGUGAGGUUCGCAGAUGAAGUGUCAGAGUCCGAUGACGAUGACGAUGGGACUGACAGUGUCAGCACGGCCCCCACGCUGCGCAAAGCCCGAGCGCGGGUACCCACAGCCUUCGCGAAGGAACAUGAGCCAGUGGAGGAUGAUGGGUCGCUUACGCGAGAAGAACUUCUUGAGCUAAACAGGCAGCCAGACCAGAGACCUGCCCGACCGCGACUGCCCACGGCUUUCACCCAAACGGGCGUGGCUGGAGUGGUUGAGACGCCUCCUAACCCAGACAGUCCGCGAUUCCAGGCCAUGAUGUCCAGCAUGCCUGAGCACAUGAAGGAGAUGGUCUUCUCCCCACGGGACGAGCUGGAUCUCCAGAAGCACGCGGUGGAGGGAGCCACCAAGGACAAGGAGCUGCUCGAAAGCAUCCUCAGGAAGCUCCUGUACUUCAAGGACGUUGACCAGGAGACCUUGCAGAAGCUCAUAGCUGCCAUGGAGGUCUUCCGGUUCCCAGACGGCACGCAAGUCUCGCGACAGGGAAGCUUCCGAGGUACCCACUUCUUCAUUGUGUCGAAGGGCACCUUGGUGGUCUUGAGGAACGGCGAGACGAAGUCGGAGAUCACUACAGGUGCCGCUUUCGGUGAGAACGUGAUCCUCAUGUCAGGUGCACAAGAUGCCACAAUUCAAGCAAAAGGAGAAGUGGAGAUUUAUGGCAUGCAUGGGGCAAAGACUCGCGCUCUUUUUGCUGAGCAGUAUCAGCGGGAACGGGGUCAGGCCAGCAGCGCGGUGAACGAAGCGCUCAGCGGUGAACCCGGCAACCGUGAAAUGAGCAUAAUUAGCACAAAGGUCAACGUUCUUGGCUUCGAGAACGGUGCCACCAUUUUAGAAGCUGGCCAGAAGCGGGCCCGUGCUGCCUUGCGGAUCCUUGACAUGCUUGUGUUACAUGCUUCGCAGGGCAAGAAGUUGCAGUGGUGGAGCGACCACCCCUUCAUCAUCAAGUUCGUGCGGUCCUUCAAUAGUGCUCGACACGUGUACUUCCUCACAGAGCUUGUCACAGGAGGAGAGCUGCUGGAUGCCUUGGACGCCUUAGGCCUUCUUCAAGCGCCACAGGCCCAGUUCUACUCUGCGUCGAUCAUCCUGGCUUUGGAGUUCUUGCAUGAACGCAGAAUAGCAUAUCUUGAUUUGAAAGGGGAGAACUGCCUCAUUGAUCAGCACGGCUACCUGAAGAUAAUCGACUUCGGAGUAGCUGAGCGGAUCACUGAUGGUCGAAUUUAUGCCGUCUGGGGGACGCCGCUUUUCAUGGCGCCCGAGGUAAUCCUUGGAAAAGGCUACACCACCUCAGCUGACCUCUGGAGUCUUGGCGUUUGCCUCUUUGACUUCAUGGUCGGCUCGUUCCCUUUUGGAGACGAUCAGGCGAGCAACGCCGAGAUCUUCAAAGCCGUCCUCAAGGCGCCACUGAAGUUCCCGAAAUGGCUCGGCGUGCACGAGAAGGAUGCCAAGGAGCUCAUGAAGGCUCUGCUGUGCAGGGAUCCUGCCAAGCGCCUUGGGGCCGGGCAGCGGGGCUACGAAGAGCUGAAGGACAAGGGGGGAAGAUGGGAGGGGCUCUUGGCCCGACAGCUGGACCCACCCUUCGUGCCGAAGGGGGAGACGUAUGCGGAAGAUGCCGAGAUCGGCAAGGAUGUGGAGCCUGGAACGCUCACGGUCCUGGAAGAGGAUGAUGGAGAUGGCGAUGACGACUGGUUUGAUCCUGAUCCAUCGUGGGCAGAUGAGUUUUGA